CACAGCCAUUGCAGUACAUUGAGCUCCAUAGAGACAGCGCCGGGGCAAGUAAGAGCCGGACGGGCACUGGGCUACUCUGUGCGGCACUGAGGGAAAGUAAUCAAAAUGGACAAAGGUGAUCCCAAGAAGCCGAGGGGGAAAAUGUCCUCAUAUGCCUUCUUCGUGCAAACCUGCCGGGAAGAACACAAGAAGAAGCAUCCAGAUGCUUCUGUGAACUUCUCAGAAUUUUCUAAAAAAUGCUCAGAAAGGUGGAAGACAAUGUCUGCUAAGAAGAAAGGAAAAUUUGAGGACAUGGCAAAAGCUGAUAAGGUUCGUUAUGAAAGAGAAAUGAAAACCUACGUACCACCUAAAGGAGAAACAAAAAAGAAGUUUAAGGAUCCCAAUGCGCCGAAGAGGCCUCCUUCGGCAUUUUUCUUAUUCUGUUCUUAGUAUCGUCCAAAAAUUAAAGGGGAGCAUCCCGGUCUUUCUAUUGGAGAUGUGGCAAAAAAAUUGGGAGAAAUGUGGAAUAAUACUGCUGCAGAUGACAAGCAACCUUAUGAAAAGAAGGCAGCUAAACUGAAGGAAAAA